AUGUUUGUGGGCUUCCCAAGUCCUAUGAAAGCUUUAACAAUUAUUCUCUUAUACAACCUACGCCACACCAAACCCAACUCACCCCCACAACCCUCCGGCGCCCUCCCAAUCCUCGGCCACCUCCACCUACUCGCCCGCCAAUCCCCAACCCACCGAACCCUAUCCUCACUCGCCGACAAAUAUGGGCCCAUUUUCUCCAUUCGCCUCGGGGCCCACAAAGCCGUCGUCAUCAGCGCCCACGAACCCGUCCGCGACUGCUUCACCACAAACGACAAAAUCCUCGCAUUUCGGCCCGCCUCUUCCGUGGGCCUAUACCUCGGGUACAACUACGCGGGCUUUGGGUUCACCCAGGGCCCGUACUGGCGCGAGGCCCGAAAGCUCGUCCUCCACCACCUCCUCUCCCCGCGGAGGCUCGAGAAGCUGAAAACUGCCCGGGAGGCCGAAAUCCGGUCAAGCUUCGAGGAACUUCACGCCGGGGGCAAUUUCGUCAUUAUUAGCAAGUGGUUCGAGGAGUUGAGUCUCGACGUGAUCGUGAAGAUGAUAACUGGCAGACGGUACACGGACACUGCGCGGGGGAAGGGAGGCCGGCCGUUUAGGGAGGUGAUCAAGGAGUUUAUGUACGUGUCGGGUCAGUUUGUGUUGUCGGAUGCAAUUACGUUUUUGCCCCUGAGGUGGGUGGAUUUCGGGGGUUACAUCAAGGCCAUGAAGAGGAUUUCGGAGGAGUUGGAUGGUAUCACGGGAAAGUGGGUGGACGAGCAUUUGGAGAGGGGGGUAAAGAGCGAUGACGAGCGGGAUUUUAUUGAUGUGAUGCUUUCGGAGAUUGAUGAGAGGCUUUUGAGUUUCGGGCAUGCAAAGGAAACCAUUAUUAAGGCGACUAUACAGAACCUCAUCUUAGCAGGCUCGGACACCACAUCAAUCCACCUAACAUGGACUCUCUCCCUACUACUAAACCACCCCAACGUCAUGCAACGGGCUCAAUACGAAAUCGACUCAAACAUCGGCAAAAACCGGUGGGCCCAAGAAUCGGACAUUCCCAACCUACCCUAUCUCCAAGCCGUAAUCAAGGAAUCCCUACGACUCUACCCACCAGGCCCAAUAUCCGUACCACACGAGGCCUCCCAAGAUUGCUGCAUAAUGGGAUACAAAAUACCAAAAGGCACGCGGAUCAUAGUCAACCUCUGGAAGCUGCAUCGGGAUCCGCGAAUCUGGGCCCAGCCCGAAGACUUUGUUCCCGAGCGAUUUUUGGCAGGCCACGCGGGGGUUGACUUCAAUGGCCAAUUCUACGAGUUUAUACCAUUCGGGUCGGGAAGGAGGUCGUGCCCAGGUGUCACGUUUGCCAUGCAGGUGGCUCACUUGGUGCUGGCUCGUUUGAUACAAGGGUUUGAGAUCAAAACGGGAUUAGAUAAGGUGGUGGAUAUGAGUGAGGGGAUGGGGAUUACUUUGCCGAAGGCGACUCCGUUGGAAGUGGUUAUUACACCACGCUUGGCGAAUGAGCUCUACUAUAGCUAGAGACUGUUAUUACUCAUAUAUAUAUUAUCAUCAUUCUGUCAGGAAAUAUAUAAGUAAGAUAACCAUAUGAAUGUAAAAUAUUAAGCUACCUGUUUAAUUGGUUUCUGUCGUCUUGUGAUGGAAUUUAAAGUGGUGAGUUAUGAUCUCGGAUUUCCUUAGGUAAACAUGCGAAAAAUCAAAAUCAGUACAUAGUUUAAACGAAAAUGGAAUCCAAAACACUUCGUUUUGGU